AUGGAAGGAAGAAAGCAACAAUGGCGAUGGUACACAUCAGGACCGAUGAAGAAAAAGAAGGAGAGUGCUCGAUUUCUCCGAAUUUCCGACUACGUCCUACACCACAAAAUCACAAACGAACAAGAGUUCUGGGUGUUGGCUUGUAAGGAGAAAGAAGCAGGCAAUCCAACUCUGUGGAACUAUGGUGGAACGGCGGCUGUGGCCAAACAAAUCCAGAAAUGCAAUAAGGCACACAUGGCCCAAUUCCGGGACGAUGUCUUUUUAGACACCUCGAAAGCUACAAGCAAAUAUCCAUUAUCUGCUUUCAACAUCCCGGACACAAUUCGUGUUUGGAUGGAACACUUCAAAGGUGAAAUGGCUCUUAUCAUCCAAGGCGAGGGAGGACUUGGAAAGACAGAAAUGGCAAAGGCAAUAUUGGCCUCAAUGGGAAAGUACUUCUUUGUGGACAGUUUGGAUACUGUGAAAUCAUUGCUUUUCACAGGAAAAGAGUCGAUUCUUUUCGACGACGUCACACUGCAGAACUUCUCAGUUGACGAGGUGAAGUCAUUUCUCGACGUCAAAUCGGAAAGAGCCGUGAAAUGCCGCCAUGAGGAUGGUUUUAUUCCUGCUGAUACUGAAACUGAGAACAAAGAUCAUUCAAGGGCCAUCAACAGAAGAAUGAUCUGGGUCACAGUGACCGAGAAACUGUUCACGGAAUCAGAUGGAAAGACUCAAAAAGACAAAGAAAAUGAAGUUGGAGUAGAGUGUGAGUCGGAGAUUCCGGUAAUGGAUGAUCUGGAAACACUCAAAACAAAACAAUCGAGGACUGCAAAGGAACCUUCCUUGAAAAGCCCAUUUGAUGAAGAAUAUGAACCUUUGUUAGAAGAAUACGACAUGUUCGACGGAGAUGAGGAAGCUGCAAUGUGGAUGAAUCUUCGGAAGAUGCAUGCAGAGAAUCUCCUGGCAGCUCAAAAGGAUUGCCUUUGCUGA